GAAGGGAGAAAAACAAGAACAAGGGUUGUGAUGGAAAGUACAAAGAGUGAGGUAUACUUCGUUUUCAUGAACUACGAUCCCGAGUACGAGCGUCUUCGAUCUUAUAGAACAAAGAGAGGGACACAUGAGCUUGAUUUGUACUUGAGUAAGAAGCAUGAUGAGUUGUUGGCAAACACCCUCGAGCCACAUAGCUACAAGAAGACAAUGUCAUUGGUUAUUGUCGAUGGGUUUGCAGUGGAAAUCACUGAUGAUCAGGCCAAUGCGCUUAGAUCUGCAAAAGAAGUGAGGAUUGUAGAGAAGAAUCAAGAGCUAGCUUAGUGUAGGAAAGAAGAGAUUUGAUGCUUUAAUAGAAAACUGCCAUGGGUUCGUAUGAAAUUGGUACAUGUGUAAAGCUGGAGUUAGUUUAGUUUUGUGGUAAGACUCUGGUG